AUGUUCCCGAGGCUCAGGCUCGCUGCUGUAGCUCGCCCGCCGGCCAAGGAAGGCCACUUCCCGGAAACUCGACGUGAACUCCGGUUCCCCACCGUCACGGAGAUGGCCAAGAUGCACUCGCCUCGCCUGGAUAUUCAUCGAAGAGACACUGCACCGCGGAGCCCCGAUUGUGGACAUCGUUGUCAUGAUACGCGCGCCCAUCCUCGGCCACCGGAUUCCCACCGACACAGGCGUCUAUCCCACUUGGUAGAGCCGUCCUCCAAUCGGCUCUCGGUGACUGUCCCCGAGGCAGACCGCCGUGGCACGGCGAGGGUCCACAAGCCUGCGGUUGACCGCGAGAAGUGGAACGUGGCGGCGCCGGAGGAGUUCCUUCCGGAACGGUGA